GUUCCAAGCAUCACGAAGUCCAUCUCGCUCUCCUUUUUCAGGAAUUCGACCUGGUCUACAACGCCAGGAUUCCUGUACACGCAAUUCUCAAAAUGUUGAGUGUUGGGAAUCGGAUCCGAGGAUACCUGCUAACGCUCCUGCGGCGGAUAUACUUGGUUGCACAAUACACUUCUUGGUUGGACAAAUUCCUGAAAUGGAUCUCUUGGCUGGAUGCCGUUUUUUUCCACCCAUUGGCGGAAAAGAUUCACAAAGCGACAAGGGGAAGGAAAGGCUUUUUCUUCCGCGUGGAAGAGGUGGACGAGGAUGGCAAACUUACUGUUAAGGCUUGGAAGUUGACCACCUAUGAUCUAGUGGGUUCAUAUCUCUGUGACCUUCUGCUUCUCAAGGGAAAAUCGGAUGGAUAUGCGAGCUAGAUCAGUCAACUUGCGACUCCUAAUACUGGCACGCAAAUAGCAUAUCCACUCUUGAGCGAGGACUUUUGGCUACGCUACACGUCUACAUCGGAAGACCAGAGCGAACAGUUGUCAGCAGCGCAGAAACAAGAGUUACUCUUACGGCAUGUGCUUUUUGAGCAAGUAACACCUUGUUUUCUCCAUUUCGUCGCCGAACAUCCAGUGCUGGGUUCCGAGGAAGUACCAAGGAGAAUGUUUGACAAGAACAACGAAUCAUUUGUAAAAAAGUACCAACAUUUAUCGUGUGACUCAAUAAAAAAAAACCGAAGUCUCCUCUAAUAAUCCAAAUGUCAAUCGAGGAUACCGAACUUUUCAGUUUUGGAGAGACGUUGACAGGUAGGAGCCCAGAAUUGAAGGACCUCUGGGAAACGACUUUCCGACAAAAGGCUGCUGCAGUAUUAGCCAUUAUGAGGAGGAUGGCCAAUAUCUUCAUUUUUACUGUUUCAUUUUCUUACGUCUCCUUUUCUCGAUGUAUUUCUUCCUUGCCUAGUUAGGGCUCAGCACCACAGCUAUUUUACGAUGAGGAAUGGCGAUCAUGUAGUGUUUUACAGUGCGAACACGUGUUUGUGUGUCUUCAGUUGUUACUUAAUACUGAAAAAUGCUCCUGUUCUUUUCUAAAGGCUCUAAGGGAACAUCACAACUAUUUGAACAGUUAGUACUAGACGUACCGAUUUUUCUAAGCCUUGAGGCCAAGCAGCGGGAGAGGAAGAGGUACCUGAGCCUGAACAAGAACCCGACCUGGAACCCAGGACGUUGCGCAUCCCUGGAAGCGGUUUUGUUGGGAAUCUAGUUGUCGGAGUAACUUCGCGAGUCAGUGGCGCGAUUCGAACAGGCAAGCGCCUGUUUGAAUACGCUGAUGCGGCUUACUUGUCCGGCAGAUUCACGGAAGUCGGACGCAGAGGCAGUGAAUUUGGCAGGAGAUUGCGUCAAUUGGUGGGCGAUCACCGUACUCUGUCUGAAGGCGAAAGGAACCAGAAAACGCCAGAAGCAAAACGAAAAUAUCAGCAGUUGCUGGCAAAGUACGGUGCUCUAGGCGACGAGGGCGUAUCUGGCGAUUCUGACAUUGGCGCAUGUGCCUCGAAUACGGAAGACGCGGGCGAGACUACUUCUGGUGUGGAAACUACUCCUGGUGUUGAAACCGCAAGAGUUGAAACGGGAGUUGAGAGCGCAGGGACCGGAGUUGGGACUUCCGACUUCGCUGGAGAUGCAUCAGG